UCAGACAAAAUGCGUUUCCUUUGCAGAGUCGUAUGUUUUACCUUAGUGGUCUCCAUUGCGGCUAAUGGUAAAUCAAAUGGAAAUGUCCUUCUGGAAUCGGAACGGUACGAAUCGGAGCAAUCCGUUGAGGAACGUGCAUUAACGUUAACUCCUGCGGUAUCCAGCGCCAUCGCCGCCAGCCUACAACAUCUCUCCAGCGCUCUCCAUCACCUGAACCUUACAGCGCUGAAACAUUUAAAUCUUACAACACUGGGACGCCUCUCUCCUGUCACUUUACAUGGAAAUGCCACAAACCAUUGGUGUUGCAAUACUGCUACGACUAAAAAGAUAGUUAAAAGCCACUCACAGCUGAUAUUCACGAAGCAGAUAAGGGACCGAGUUACACAUCAUCACUGUGGAUUUCUGGGAUUAAGUCGCUGUGCAAGACAUCACUACUACUACAUAUCUGUGCCAGCUUAUAAGACGAUGUAUACCAGUCAUACUAUACACACCACGUGCCCCAGUCAAAACCUGGUCUGUUGUAAGGACUACCUUCUGUUGGCUGACAACUGUGUUCCGCUGAGCGAAAUUCCAAAUAUAAAAGAUGACCUCAUUAAACUACACAACGCCAACAUUCCAGUUGGAAAAUAG